AUGCCCUUCACACAACUUCGGCGACUUCAUGCCAAUAAUGUCGCUACUUUCCGAAGCUCCCCUUUGUCCGAGAUCUCCGGAUCUUUCGGAGACCUUGGUACUCUGCUCCCACUCAUGAUUGCUCUGGCAGUCAACAACUCGAUAUCACUCUCGACAACCUUGGUCUUCUCUGGUCUAUGGAAUAUCCUCACCGGUGUGGUCUUCGGUAUCCCACUGCCCGUGCAACCUAUGAAGGCAAUCGCGGCGGUAGCCAUAGCAAGAAACUUCUCAGUUGAAGAGACUGUGUCUGCUGGUUUUACAACAGCGGGGUUUGUGUUCAUAUUCAGCGUUACUGGUAUGCUAAGAUGGUUCACCCGUGUUAUACCAACCCCAGUCGUCAAAGGCAUCCAGGUCGGAGCAGGACUUUCGCUGGUCCUAUCAGCAGGCACGAGUCUUCUUCAACCCCUUGGCUGGACGACUCCAAACUUUGCCGACAAUCUGAUAUGGGCACUCUUCGCUUUCAUUGCGCUCCUCCUUACUCAGAAAACGCCAAAGGUACCCUACGCUCUUCUCACCUUCAUCCUGGGCCUUUUCCUUUCUCUCAUCAUCGUCGGAUCAUACAACUUGCCUUUUUUUAAAAUCUGGCAUCCAAGAACUUUCGUACCAGACUGGGCAGCCUUCAAGACUGGAGCCUUGGAUGCAGGCCUCGGUCAAAUACCCCUUACUACUCUGAACUCAAUCAUAGCAGUCAGCUACCUUUCUGCGGACCUCCUGCCUCACAUUCCCACACCAAGCGUCACAUCCAUCGGCAUCAGCGUAGCCCUCAUGAACUUGAUCGGCGGCUGGUUUGGAGCAAUGCCAGUCUGCCACGGCUCCGGUGGCCUUGCAGCGCAAUACCGAUUCGGCUCAAAAAGCGGGUCAAGCAUCAUUCUUCUCGGCCUUUUCAAAAUUAUCCUCGGUCUGCUUUUCGGCGAAAGCUUAGUCGGGAGUCUACGCGAGUAUCCGAAAAGCUUACUCGGCGUCAUGGUCCUCGCAGCUGGAUUGGAGUUGGCGAAAGUUGGCGAGAGCUUGAAUUACGGCGCCAGAGAUCUUUGGGAGGCUUCUGACCCCACAACUUCCCCAGAACAAUCUGGGUUGAAACAGCAGAAAAUCUUGUCAGACGAAGAGAGAAAGGAAAGGUGGAUGGUGAUGUUUAUGACGAUUGGAGGUCUUUUGGCUUUCAAAAAUGAUGGUGUGGGAUUUAUUGCGGGCAUGUUAUGUCACGGCGCCUAUCAGCUUUCUAAUGCGUGGGUGGAAUGGGGCAGUCGGAGACCGAGUGUUGCGGCGACUGCGAGGAAAAGUAGACGGGCGAGAGAGGUGACGACCAUUGAGGAAGAGGAAGAGCAGAUGCUGUUAGAUGGAGAUGCCCACUAA